CCGCACCCCGUGCGUCAUGGACCGCGCGCGCUCCGGCUCCAGAUUCCAGUCGGACCUGGACUUCUGUCCGGAUUGCGGCUCCAUCCUGCCGCUGCCCGGGGCGCAGGACACGGUCACCUGUGUUCGCUGCGGCUUCCGCGUCCCCGUGCAAGACUUCGAGGGGAAGGUCGUGAACACCUGCAUCGUGUUCAACAAACUGGGGACAGCAGUGCCUGUGUCGGUGGAGGAAGGGCCCGAGUUCCAGGGACCCGUGGUUGACAGGCGCUGCUCUCGAUGCGGUCACGAGGGAAUGGCCUACCACACCAGACAGAUGCGCUCAGCCGACGAGGGGCAGACGGUCUUCUACACCUGUACCAACUGCAGGUUCCAGGAGAAGGAAGACUCUUGAUUUUUUUUCUGGGCAACUCAACAAUUCUCCCUCUUCUCUUUGGACGGUGAGGGAUAUUGGGUUCUUAGAUCCUUUGUCCAUCCUAGUUGAAAUGUUUUGCUCCCAUAGAAGGAAAUUAUCAUGUGGGGAUUAACAUUGUCCCUAGAGUACACCUAUUCUAUUGAGUUUCCUUAUCACCUAUUCUAGUUGAGUUUCCUUAUCAAAGUUAUAUUUU